AAACGUCCAGCAGUCUUCUGAUUUAGUCAUAGCAAGAGAAAUAAUGGAGAAAUUCAUAAUUUUACUUAUCCUUGCAGCAUUAAGUAUAAGUCAAGCCCAACAUUAUGGAAGAAACAAAAAACUUGGCUACAAUUCUGAUGCAGAUUGGAACAGAAAGAUGUAUGCAUAUCCUGGUCCUGGCCGUUAUGAUCCGUUUAUGAGUAGUGUGUUAGUGCUAAGAAACCAAGCAUAUUCACCAAAAAAUGAACCACAUAUACCAAGAAACCAAGCAUAUUCAUCAAUAAAUGGAUUUCCUAUACCAAGAAACCAAGCAUAUUCAUCAAUAAAUGGACCACAUAUACCAAGAAACCAAGCAUAUUCACCAAAAGAUGGACCACCUAUACCAAGAAACCAAGCAUAUUCAUCAAUAAAUGGACCACAUAUACCAAGGAACCAAGCAUAUUCACCAAAAGAUGGACCACCUAUACCAAGAAACCAAGCAUAUUCACCAAAAGAUGGACCACCUAAACCAAGAAACCAAGCAUAUUCACCAAAAGAUGGACCACCUAUACCAAGAAAUCAAGCAUAUUCACCAAUAGACCGAUCAUAUCCACCAAUGCACGGACCAUGUAUACCAAGAAAACAAGCAUAUUCGCCAAGAGAUCAAGCUUUUGUACCAAGAGUUCCCGGAAAAUAGAAAAAACUUCCGGGAGACCAAUUGAUGUUCUUAUCAGUGGAAAGAAAUCAUAUACGUAAUUUACCUUCUGAAAAAGAACGAGAAAAAAUAUUGCAGGAAAUAGUGAAAUAUCUAAUGAUGUAUAUUGCUGGGUGAAUAUUUUGUAUUACGAAGAAUUCUUUGCUAUAAUAAAUUCAUUAUGCAAAUA